AUGGUUUAUACAUCAAUUGCACAUCAUGAUAACUUUUACCAUGGUCGCGUUUUCGGAGAAGUUGAUUCUCAUGCACAUAUUCAUAUUGACGAUGGUGUCCUAACUGGCACCGUGACAAUUCCAGAUGAAACAUUUCAUAUUGAACCAUCUUGGAGGCAUCUUCCAAAUACGGAUAACAAAUCAAUGAUCAUUUAUAAAGCCUCGGAUGUCAAGUUGAGUUGGGAACAUUUCGAAAAUGGAGAAGGUCACACACAUAGUGCUCCUAAAACUUGUGGUUACGUUAAAGAAGAGUCAGAUAAUUCUGAAGAGGAUUUCGAAGUCGAUGUAGAACUGGAGGAAAUAAAAGACAACCAAACGAGAAGAAAAAGACAAACAGAAACUUACGAAUACACGCCAACGAAAACUCGCUGUCCACUAUUAUUGGUCGCUGAUUAUAGAUUUUAUCAGGAAAUGGGUGCUAGCAGUACAAAAACAACAAUCAAUUACUUAAUAAGCUUAAUCGACAGAGUGCACAAAAUAUAUAAUGACACUCUUUGGCAAGAGCGUCAAGAACAGGAUGGAUUUAAAGGAAUGGGUUUCGUAAUAAAGAAAAUUGUUGUUCAUAGUGAACCAACUAGAGUUCGAGGCGGAGAAACUCAUUAUAAUAUGGUCAGGGAAAAAUGGGAUGUUCGCACACUUCUAGAGGUAUUUAGUCGAGAAUACAGUCACAAGGAUUUCUGUCUGGCCCAUUUAUUCACAGAUUUGAAAUUCGAAGGAGGAAUUUUGGGCUUGGCGUAUGUUGGCUCACCUCGCAGAAAUUCUGUGGGUGGCAUUUGCACUCCCGAAUAUUUUAAAAACGGCUAUACUUUGUACUUAAAUUCCGGUUUGAGCUCGAGUAGAAAUCAUUAUGGACAACGAGUGAUAACUCGAGAAGCAGAUUUAGUGACAGCUCACGAAUUUGGUCAUAAUUGGGGUUCUGAGCACGAUCCUGAUAUUACGGAAUGCAGUCCAAGUGCUAGUCAAGGAGGUUCUUACUUAAUGUACACUUAUAGUGUUAGUGGUUACGACGUAAAUAAUAAGCGUUUUUCGCCAUGCAGUCUGAGAUCAAUCAGAAAAGUAUUACAAGCGAAAUCCGGUCGUUGCUUCUCCGAGCCCGAAGAAUCCUUCUGCGGAAAUUUGAGAGUCGAAGGAGACGAGGAAUGUGACGCCGGACUUUUGGGAACCGAAGACAAUGACGCUUGUUGCGACAAAAAUUGUAAAUUGCGACGAAAUCAGGGAGCCGUUUGCAGUGAUAAAAAUUCUCCUUGUUGUCAGAACUGUGUUUACAUGCAGCAGGGCACAAAAUGCAGAGAAGCGCAAUAUGCUACCUGUGAACAGGAAUCUCGUUGCACCGGAGCAACGAGUGAAUGUCCAAGAUCUCCGGCGAUGAAAGAUGGCACCGGAUGUCUGGAACGCGGCCAGUGUCGGCUUGGAAAAUGCGUACCCUAUUGUGAAACUCAGGGCCUGCAGAGUUGCAUGUGCGAUACAAUUUCUGAAGCCUGCAAAAGGUGCUGUAGAAUGAGCUUGAACGAAACCUGCUUCCCAAUUGAUCCACAGGAUAUUUUACCCGAUGGAACUCCUUGCAUUCAAGGAUUUUGUAAUAAGGGUGUUUGUGAAAAGACAAUUCAGGACGUGGUGGAAAGAUUCUGGGACAUAAUCGAAGACAUCAACAUUAAUAAAGUUAUACGUUUCCUAAAAGACAACAUAGUUGGUGCCGUAAUAAUUAGCACUGCCUUAGUGUGGAUUCCAACCAGUUGUGUGAUUAGUUACAUUGAUCACAGAAGAGUAAAGGAAAACGAGAAAAAAUGGCGCUGGAAAAAUACCGACGAACUCAUUCAUCCUGAAGAACAAAGACAAGUUGUGUAUGUUGGUGUACCACGUCGAGUGCAACACGUAACUCAGCAAUCUUAAUUUUUAAUGAGCUAAUAUGAGAAACUAGUCACGCAAAUUUUAAUCAUAUAUAUUAACUAUUAAUUCCAGCUUUUAAUAUUGAUUUUUUACGUCUACAUGAGAAUUUACGGUAGAAUUUUAUUGAUAGUUACCAUUAGAUUUACUAAUUUUAUAAUUUAAUAUUCGAAUUUAUUAUCCCACUUAGUCUACAAAUCUGGUCUUUUCUUGGUCCAAAUUUCGUUAUCAACAAACAAAUUUAAAUAAUGUUUACCUAAAUUUGACGAAGAUUGUAGUGUUUUUAACCAAAAUAGUAUUAAUUAAAGAAUCCACUGAAAAAUAUUGAGUUUUACUAAAUUCUAUAAAAUCAUGCUUGAAAGUGACAAAGAUUUUUUUCACAUUUUUUCCAUAAUUUGUGAACAAAAUUAUUAUAUUUUUUUACUUUGCUUCAGAAAUUACACGCAGGCGUGUAGUUUUUUAUUUA